CCUAUAACCCUCCUUCACUCCUACGUUUAGUUUCAAAACUUUCAACUUUCACAUUUCAACCACACAAAUAAUACUACUACUUUCCGAUUACUAAUACUUUUUUUUACCUUAACCUUGAUUAGUGAAAGCUAGAAAACCUUAAAAACGAAAACAAGAAAAGUUUGGUUUGAAUUUGGGUAGCUACAUUAAAAUACAAGUACAACAAACAAAACCAAACCAAACCAAAGCUAAAGAGUGUGGUAUUGUAGACUUUGAAAACCAAACAACCUUUGUCCCAUCCCACUUGGACUUCCACCUCAUCCUUUUUUUUCUUAACGCCAUGAAACACAGCAAAUGAUGUCUUACACAAGUAGCUGUUCAAGUUGAUCUCAAGACCUCCCCAUAUAUCGACACUGAUCAUAGGUCUUUCUGUUUAGUGAACCAAAAGGGCGGUGUUUCUAACCUGAUUUUUAUGGGGACUAAGGAGGAUAGCACAACUAAACCUUCUAAAUCACCUUCAUCAACUCAGGAGGUACCAACAGUACAACCAUCAUAUCCAGAUUGGUCAAACUCCAUGCAGGCCUACUAUGCACCUGGAGCCGGUCCGCCUCCCUAUUUUGCAUCAACUGUUGCUUCACCAACCCCCCAUCCGUAUAUGUGGGGAGGCCAGCAUCCUUUAAUGGCGCCAUAUGGGACUCCAGUCCCAUAUCCAGCUAUGUACCCUCCCGGGAACAUGUAUGCUCAUCCGGGCAUGGUCAUGACUCCAAGUGCUAUGCACCAACCUACAGAGUUUGAAGGGAAAGGACCUGAUGGAAAGGAUAAGGAUUCAUCUAAAAAAUCGAAGGGAACUCCUGCAAAUACAUGUGCAAAAGCAGGAGAGAGUGGAAAGGCAGGCUCAGGUUCAGGCAAUGACGGCUUUUCACAAAGUGCUGAAAGUGGUUCAGAGGGUUCAUCAAAUGCUAGUGAUGAGAAUACUAACCAACAGGAAUCGGCUAGAAACAAGAAGGGAAGCUUUGACCUCAUGCUUGUUGAUGGAGCUAAUGCACAGAACAAUACUGCUGGACCCAUUUCUCAAUCAUCUGUUCCUGGACAACCUGUUGUUUCGAUGCCUGCGACUAAUCUUAAUAUUGGUAUGGACUUAUGGAAUGCAUCUUCUGCUGGUGCUGAAGCCGCAAAAAUGAGGCACAAUCAAUCCGGUGCCCCUGGAGCUGCUGGUGAACAUUGGAUGCAAGAUGACCGUGAGCUGAAACGACAGAAGAGAAAACAGUCUAAUCGAGAGUCGGCUAGGAGGUCAAGAUUACGCAAGCAGGCUGAGUGUGAAGAGCUACAAAAGAGGGUCGAGGUGCUGGGAGGUGAGAAUCGAACUCUGAGAGAAGAGCUUCAGAAACUUUCUGAAGAAUGUGAGAAGCUUACAUCUGAAAACAAUUCUAUCAAGGAAGAGUUGGAACGGUUGUGUGGGCCAGAAGUAGUUGCUAACCUUGAAUGAGACGAAUCUGCAGCUGGAGUUUUCUAAUCAGUGGCCUGGUCACUUAAUUGAGAAUAGGAUAUAAUGUUCUUUUUUUUUCAUUGUUUUACUAAUUUUAUACCAUUAACCUUCAACUGUAAUUGCUCUUAUAAUUUACACGUAAUUUGUUGUAAUUUUUUGUAUUAAUUUAUUAGUUGUAAGUUUUUAUUUUCUUAAACAUAUUUAUUAGUUUAAUUUAAUCUUUUUAUUAUAACUUUAUAUAUUUUAAACAUAAUUAAUCAAUGUUGUUAUUCCAU